GGCGGGAUUAUUAUGGGCUGUGGGCGCCGCCGCCGAGGAGCAAGAUGGAGCUGUCUGCAGUGGGGGAGCGCGUCUUCGCCGCCGAGUCCAUCAUCAAGCGGCGCAUCCGAAAGGGGCGCAUCGAGUACCUGGUGAAAUGGAAAGGCUGGGCCAUCAAGUACAGCACCUGGGAACCCGAGGAGAACAUCCUGGACUCCCGCCUCAUCGCCGCCUUUGAGCAGAAGGAACGAGAACGUGAGCUGUACGGGCCCAAGAAGAGAGGACCUAAGCCUAAAACUUUUCUCCUGAAGGCUCGGGCCCAAGCGGAGGCCCUCCACAUUGGGGAUGUACACUUUUCUGUCAAGCCUGGUUCUAGCACCUCCUCUCCCAAGCUCCACUCCAGUGCUGCAGUGCACCGGCUCAAGAAAGACAUCCGGCGAUGCCAUCGCAUGUCCCGGCGUCCCCUUCCCCGUCCAGACCCCCAGAACGGCGGGAGCGUGGGUGGCGGGACUGGCAUCCGUCCUCCUGUCUCGCCCUUCUCGGAGACCGUCCGCAUCAUCAACCGUAAGGUGAAACCCCGUGAGCCCAAGCGCAGCCGCAUCAUCCUCAACCUCAAAGUCAUUGACAAAGGUGGGAAGCCAGCCAACGGGGCCGGGGGCCUGGCUCGGCCCAAGAUCCCGUCCCGAAACCGCGUCAUUGGCAAGAGCAAAAAGUUCAGCGAGAGUGUCCUCCGCACCCAGAUCCGCCACAUGAAGUUUGGCGCCUUUUCGCUCUACAAUAAGCCGUCCACUGCGCCUGCCCCCUCUCUGGAGGGCAAAGGGGAGGCUGAAGGCUCCCAGGCAGCCUCCUGUGGGCUCAUUAUGGGUUCCACCCCCUAUGAUGCCCCCAGCUCCAGUUCCUCUGGCUGCCCGUCGCCCGCCCCCCACUCCUCAUCCGACCCAGAUGAUUCCCCUCCGAAGCUGCUCCCCGAGACCCUCAGCCCAGCCAUCCCCGACUGGCGUGAGUCGGAGGUCCUUGACCUCUCAAUCCCACCCGAGUCAGCCGCCACCAGCAAGCGUUCUCCCCCAGGAGGGUGCAGUGGGGGGCAGACACCCUCCUUGUCCCUCUCCUCUUCUGAUCCGGAGCAGGAAGCUGGCGACUGGCGUCCCGAGAUGUCCCCUUGCUCUAACGUGGUGGUCACGGAUGUCACCAGCAACCUUCUCACCGUCACCAUCAAGGAGUUCUGCAACGCAGAAGAUUUUGAGAAGGUGGCAGCGGGCGGUGGUGGCGGAGGCAGCAAGUGAGCAGCCAGGUCCCCCCACUCCGGGGGUGUGGGGGGAGUUCUACCUGCGAGAAGUCGUGGUGCGAAUGGCUGUCCUUAGUUCUCUCCUUCUCCCCUUGGCUGUCCCUCUGCCCUCACUGCCACCCUUCCUCUUCCUUUCCCCCUGCCCAUGCCCUCUUGCCUGGAGGCUGGAGUGUGUCAGUGGGGGGGAGCAGGGGCACCCACCGUUCCUGGGUGUCGCUGCUGCUGGGAGGAGAGGCAGGGAGGGUCGUGGUGGGGCUGGGGAGUGGUUGUUUGUCCUUGAAUGUGGUGUUGUCCAACGGGCAGUGGAGCCUUUGGGGAUGAGGGAUGGGUGAGCGCGUGCCUGUGGGGGUGGUGGGGAAAGUGCUCUUCCCACUCCUUCCCCAGUCAUCUUUGACAAAAACCGAAGAGGAGCUCCAGACCCUUGAGGGGAGGAUGUAGGAGGAUUGGAGCCCUCACCCACUCCCCCCAAGCCUUCUCCCAUGUGCAUGCAGUCUCUUCCAUUCCUAUGUUUCCCCCUUGUCAUGACUCUGAUCCUGCCAUCCUUCCCAUUCUUGGCCUGCGGCCUGGAUCUGCUGCCAUCUGUACAGUCUUUGUGGCAGUGGCUAGUCCAGAUGCCCCCGGGGUGAGAGGGAGAGGGGCAGGUGAAGCGUCAUGCCUGGAAGGUGCUCGAGACAAAGCUGGGGUGGUUGGGGGGUGCCCCAUGCAGCAUACACCCCAUAUUGGCUUCCCCUUUCCUUUGACUAUUGGUGCUACCUUGGCAGUUGUAUGGGCGCUUUCAGGUGGCCUGGUCCCUUCUCUUCUGCAUCUUCCAACUUGCUCAGCUUUGCAGGGGAAGGGAAGAAAAGGGGAGUCUGCUCCUGGUCCAGAUCUUCCUCCUGGUGUUCAUCACUUGCACUUGCUUGGGGGAGAGGGCAUGAAAUGCCCUUCCCCGGCCUUUCUGUGGUGGAAGUGGGAGUGGGCCAUGCAUCCAUCCUUCAGUUUGAGGGAAGAUAUGCUGACAGCGUGAGGCUGGUCUCUCGCCUUGCACGUAAGCUUCCCCCAACCUUUUUUGCUUCCCCCCGCUCCCUUGGAAGGAGAGAAGGAUGGAUGCUGAGGUGGGUCUUUUGCUCUUCCUGCUUCCUUUUGUCUCUCCUGCUCUCCCCUGCAGUGGAUGGCCUGGAAGAAGGUUCCCCUCUGUCUUUUUAGCAUCUGAAACAGCCCUUACAACUGUCAAUCAAAGGUGCUAAUAAGAAAUAACUGUCUCUCUUGCAUCAUAUGCAUGUGCGCUGGAUCUCUUCCCCCAGAGCUCCUGUGAGGAGAUGUAGAAAUUCCUUCUCUUCACCCCUAGCAAGUAGGAGCAAGCAAGACCACAGCUUGCUGUUCUUUACCCACAGCUCCUGCUUUCACUGACCACCUGUGUUCACAUCCAAAAUAAGCUCUUUUGCCUGUCAUUUCUGGUUUGCUCCAUUUCUGUGGAGCUUCACAGUGAGAUGCUGUUCCUUUGCUCUCCCUUCUCCCCUUACUCGCACAGGACUAGCCUGUACGGGCAAGGAAAAGAGGUGCUGAUCAAUUGGUGGGAGAGCUUCAACCUCUCAGCCCUAUCCCUCAUAUUUGGAAUGGGGCAGAGGGGUGUCACUUCUACAUAACACGCUGCAGAGGUGAAAAGGGUGGAAAAAAAUUCCCCGUGCAGGGGCUCACCUACUUACAAACCUGCCCUGGGCGGGUGAAUAUGAGUGGAAUUGACCCCUCUGGUGCUUCCACACGAGGAUGCUCGGGAGCUGCUGGCUCAGAGGAGUGCUCUCGUGUGGAGUAGUGAUUUUGUGGUUGUAGUGGUCUGAGGGUAGAAGAGAGGCAGUUUGUGGGAGAGGUAAUAUUUGUCUGCCCAAGGGGCAUCAUCAGGGCGGUAGAGGGAUAGACCAGCUUCCGACCUUAAUUAGGGCUUCUGUGCCCAGAGCUCGUCUUUUCCCCGCCUCCAGCGCCUGGGUUGGUGUAAUAAAAUCUUUGCUGCCCUCCCCACAAGCCUUGCCUCGCAGCGGGUGGCAUUCAGAGCCGUGGGGCACAGUGAAUUCACAGCAGUUGCGGUUGGGUGUCUGCGCAGACGGUCCGAGGGGGAUUCCAGGUGCUGUUAGCACCACCCUUUGCACACCUCUUUCUUUUUCUUUCCUUGGUUAAAGAGCUUAGUGGCCUCUUUGGGGAUGUGGUUGCAUUCACAGCUGAAGCUAGGGGCAGGGAGAAAGAGACUUCUCUGAUCCAUUCACCAAGCUAAGGCUUCCUAUAACUUGUUGGACUUGUGUGCGUGUCUGUAUUAAUACCUGCCUGUAUUUUUCGUGUCUCUUUUUUUUUUUUUUUUUUUUUGCAUCUUUCCUGUGCCUGGUACACCCAGGGAUCCCUUAUUUUAGCAUAGCCUAUCCAUUUGACUGCAGCUUCAAAGAUGAGGAGUUUGUAGACAUAGGGAAAAGCUCUUUCUUAGGGAAAUAGCGAGGAGAUUCUUCUCUUUUUUUCUCCCCCUUCUCAACAAGAACUAUUCUGUGGCUGCAAGAUAAGAGGAGCUUCUUUGUGGGGUGGAUGCAAACUGGCCAGUCACUUUAGGCUGUUAAGUUACUGUUUGGUGUGUAUGUGGUGAUGUGUUUUGUUUCGUGGUAUUGAGGUUCUGGAAAAAAAAAAUAAAAAUUGAAGCGUUUAAGUGGGAGAUAAAAGGGAACUUUAAUAGGAAACUCUUGAUGUGUUUUGGCCAAGAUGUGUUUGCUUGGCAGAAUUCUUUUCCCCAGUGUCUCUUGUAUGGUGUUCUUUGGGGGCAGGGGGCAGGAAUUGUUUAAUCGAAGGGGUUUUGCCUUUCUCCAGAGUUACAAGUAAGGGGACUGUCUGAAGAGCAAAACAGUGGGUCAUUGUAGGGAUACUCCAUGAGGACCUUCUUCCUGUGGUGAGGUGAUGAGGGGAGUUGUUGCAGCAGAGGAACUCGUGCAGUAGAUCCUUUGUGGAGGAAGAAAGGAGUAUGAUCCGGCUUGCAGACACAGCUCGACUGCUUGUGUGACAAAUCUCUCCCUGGGUAGGUUACCAGGUGGGAACCAAACCCUGAACCUCUGGAUCCAAAAUUAGGAUCCUGUGCUGUUUUGAGUUAGAGGUUUGCUAACUUAAACGCAGCAGCAGCCUCAAGUUCCCUCAGGUGGACGAGACACUUGAGGCUGACUAAUGUACCUUCGUAUUCACGUGGGUUACACUCUUCCUUCUGAAUUUUUGCCCUUGCUCCUUAAUGGAGAUGGGAAAGAAGAUCCAUCCAUGCCCUUUAAAAAGGGCAUGGGAUUGAGGGAGGAGUUUAUUUGAAAGUAUCCCCUUCCCUUCCCAAUAACCCCUAGAAAAAAAAAAAAACAGGGAAAUAUUCUCUGUGUCUGUGCCAUGUUUGUUCUCUUGUCGUCGUGUUUUUAGAGGAGAUUUUAUGAUGGAGUGGAAAAA